AUGCUGAGCGCUAUCUUCGCUGCACCUGGAGGGGCUCCCGUGGAAGAGGCUGUUGCAAAGGAUCGCCUCCGUCGUGCAGCCAGGAUCCGUCUGGCUGGCGGAGCAGGAGGCCUGGUUCAGCGCUCCCUCCACUCCCAGAACUCCAAGUCAGAGAAGCCCGUUCCCGACAGCCACAGCCCGGGGCGUUGCCGUCCAGGCGAGGAUGAAACCUACUUCGCAGUCGCUGUCACUUAUGGGAACCACCACCCAGGAGACGGGCGAGGCCCUGGAUAUUCGUUCUCUGAUGCUGUGGUGAACCCCAAGGAUGCCAAGGUCUCGACCAACUUGGGCACAACACGAGCAAGCGGGACAAUGGCGUCCUGUUUGGACCGCUUCUUUGGAAUGGGUGUCCUGGGUUUGACCCGGUCUCGAAGCAAAACACAAAACCCCCUCCCGCCAGGGGCGCUAACCAGCCGAAAGGCCGCCAGGUGCUCUCCAGUGUUCGCUAAGCCCACUUACGGGACGAAAUGCCUGCUUUCCCUGAUAACCACUGUGAUUAUUGGGUGGCCCUUCAGCCUGCGGCUGCUGCACCUCCAGCUCUACGGUGGCUUUCCUGGGGCAGGACUGACCUCGCCACCUCUCAAAGUCCCCGUUGGUGUCACUGCCAUUAAUAGCAUGCUGUGCUUCCCCGUGGGACCCUGUGGGAGGCCUGGGUUUGGCUCCUUGUCCAACCUGAAGACCAGGUGGCCCUUCAGCCUGCGGCUGCUGCACCUCCAGCUCUACGGUGGCUUUCCUGGGGCAGGACUGACCUCGCCACCUCUCAAAGUCCCCGUUGGUGUCACUGCCAUUAAUAGCAUGCUGUGCUUCCCCGUGGGACCCUGUGGGAGGCCUGGGUUUGGCUCCUUGUCCAACCUGAAGACCAGGCACGGGGUUGCAGAGGACACGGGCUGUGACCUCUAUGCUGCCCGAGGCUCCCGCUGUGCUGGGCUGCGCCACCGGCCGGUGCGCUGGUCCGCCCCGCCCUCGGGGAUCGGGUUGCAGGAGCUGGAGCGUCUGCGCUGUGGUUCCCCGACGACCGGCCACCUCGAGGGGCUUGGGGUUUUUCGGGGAAUUCAAGCAGACUGGAGCCAAAAGAUCCGGAGCACCCAGAUGGCCAGGCCGCUGUCCACCCCAAGCCCUUCGCAGAUGCAAGCCAGGAAGAAACGCAGAGGGAUCAUAGAGAAACGGCGCCGGGACCGGAUCAACAGCAGCCUUUCCGAACUGCGGCGCUUGGUGCCCACUGCCUUCGAGAAGCAGGGCUCGUCCAAGCUGGAGAAAGCCGAGGUCUUGCAGCUGACGGUGGAUCACUUGAAGAUGCUGCACGCCACUGGCGGGACAGGACUCUUUGAUGCCCGGGCCCUGGCAGUUGACUUCCGGAGCAUUGGUUUUCGGGAGUGCCUCACUGAGGUCAUCAGGUACCUGGGGGUCCUGGAAGGACCCAGCAACCGUGCAGACCCUGUUCGGAUCCGCCUCCUCUCCCACCUCAACAGCUACGCAGCUGAGAUGGAGCCCUCGCCCAGCCCCGCUGGCCCGCUGGCCUUCGCUCCUUGGCCCUGGUCCUUCUUCCAUAGCUGUCCAGGGCUGCCAACCCUGAGCACCCAGCUCGCCAUCCUGGGAAGAGUGCCCGGCCCAGUCCUUCCCGGUACCUCCUCUCCUGCUUACCCCAUCCCGGCCCUCCGAACCGCCCCUGUGCGCAGAGCCGCUGGCCCCAUCCUGCCAGCCCGGAGGAAUUUGCUGCCCAGUCGAGGGGCACCUUCUACCCGGAGGGCCCGUCCCCUGGAGAGGCCAGCUGUCCCUGUACCCGUUGUCCCCAGCUGCAGGGCUGCUAGGAGUGGCCACAUGGUUCCUCUGCCACAGCCCUCCUCUCCGACGCCCCCUGGGGCUGCAGGGGCUGCUGCUUGCGUGGCUGUCCCCACACCCAGCCCAGCUUCCCCAGGGCCGGCCGGGAGGCCUGUGGGAGCCGUGCUCUGUCACUCCUGGGUCUCCGAAAUCACAGAGAUUGGGGCUUUCUGAGCUGGCACCCCCGGCCCCACUCUCCCAGGAGGGAAGCGGUUCUUCUUUCAGGAGCUUUACAAACGGUACUGUUGUUUCUGCGUUGCCUCUGGACUGGCUUGUGUGUGGAGGCGCCUUCUCCACCUGCCAGAGGCCCCUGCAGCCCGUGUCCUCCUUGCUGCUCAUCCUCCCUUACCCGCCCAGCUCUCCCGGAGCUGUCUGGUCUCAGAGCCAUGGUCUCAUGUCUCACCCACUCAAAUAAGUCCUGGCGGAGCCCCUGAGUGGUGCCCAGGCCCCUGUCCUUCCCAGCACACGUGAGGCAUCCAGGGUCUGGGAGCAAUGGUGUUGCCCAAUGGUACCGUGGCCUGAGGCAGACUGCGUCCACGGAGAGGACACAGCCCGGCCAGGAGCAGUGACUGGCUGAAGCCUUCCCAGACCUAGGAGCCGGAUAUAGUGUCUGCCCCACUUCCUGGGGACGGUAGCUGAGCAGGGAGGGCUCCUGGGAACCCUGUCUGCCCCUGCCCACCUGUCUCUGGCCAACCUGUUGCAUCAAACCACUGGACAGACUCUUUCUCCAUCACAGCCAAGGCCGAGAUUGGGGGCCCAGCAGGGCCUGCCUGUGUUCCCCUCCCAGCCACCAGCCGCAGACACCCACCCUCCAGCUGAUGACAGGGCUCCCUCACCGCUGGCCGACCCAGGCGGGAGGUUUCUGGGCAGCAGAUCUCUGUGAGAGGCCGUCCUCUGCACCCGCCCGCGAGCAGCUCUCCCAGACGACAGCCAGGGCCAAGCAAGAGCACCUGCUCCCUGACUCUGCCGCCGUCCUCCAGGCGUGUGGCCCACCCCGCUGGGUGCUCGCUGUGGAGGGGCCGUGGCCCCACAUGACGGCUCCCUGAGAGGAAUUCUCUCGGGAGUCCGCUCCAGACGUCUGUGCUGCCUGCCCUGCAUCCGGCUCCCAGAGCCCAGACUGCCGCCGCAGCCAAGUCGGCUGGACAGAAAUAACCACAGGGAGGGGCAGGAGAGGGGCCAUCAGAAGGACUCUGCCCUCGGGGCCACGCGGGGUGGAGGGGCUGAGGUCCUGCUCACCCAGGACCCUGCACAGCUGGUUCGGCUCAGUGGCCAUUUCAUUACGCAGCCCCACCAGGGCCACUUUUCUCUAAACGGAAGGAGCAAGUGGCUCCUCCACCGCUCCCAGUAGGACAGCACAGACUGCUGAUGUUCCUGGGACCAGUGUCGCCACCCCAGUUGGUGCGAUGCAGAACUCACUGGUAAAUGACGGUACUCAUACUUGUAAAUAUUCCGCUCCCUCCCCUGGGAGCCCCCCAAGCGCUCCUGGCAUUUUCCCUGCCCCCACCCCCACACCUGGCGACCCCAGGGGUGCUUGAACUGCCAGUUCAUUAGCACUCAUUCCAUCCUGGUUACUAAGUGGAGUCACCUAAGAAGAGUCCUCUCCUCCAGCCUUUGAUGAAACAACCCCCCAGAGCAUGCAGGGAAGAGGCUCCAGGCUCAAAAGUAGGAUUUGCAGAAACCCUAGGGAGAAGGGCCCUUUCAGAGCAGUGGGGAAGAAGACGGAGAUCUUCAGAGAUCUUCCUCGGAGUGACCCAGAAAGCUCUUUUGAAAAGGCACAUUCCUCAAGGAGGGAUAAGAAGUCCUUCCACUCCUUAGUUGAAUGCCUUCGAUCAGAUUGCUGACCUCCUCACCCUGCCAUGCAGAGAUGUGCGGCUACCUGCCAGGAGCGAGGCUGCCCUCUCAGAGCGAGGGCUGCUGGCUGGGCGUGCUCCUGAGGGAGGUAGGGGGACCCAGGGAGAGCUGAGCAGUCACCAGGCUCCCAGGAGUGGAGAAGAGGGGACAGAGGAGGUGACAGGAAGCAGACCAGCCUCACAGGACAGGAAGAACUCUGCUGCAGCUUUUCCUCUGUCUCCCUUUCCCCCUCCUCCUUUCCUCUGCCUUCCUCUGCUCCUGGGGUACCAGGUCAGUUCUGUGGGUCUGCAGUUUGGCCACUUCCUAGCCCAGGAAUCUGUGUCCGCUCAGAGUGGGCCUGGGGGAGCUGUUUCCAGGUUGCAAGCCCACCUCCAAACAGUCUGUGACACCACUGAAGCGAGGUGGCAGUGACCCGGCACUCUCAGCAUCUUGGUUAAUCCUAGGUUCUGUCUCCCCUGGGAGGUGGGGUGGGGGUGGGGGGUGCCUGUGCCUUUGUUCUUGUGGCCAACAGUUCAGAUCUGUUUCUAACCCCAAGCCUUCCUGGUAGUCCCUGACUCCUACCCCAUUGCAGGGGUUGUCACAGCCAUCCAAUAAAGACUUUUCAGUUCUUUUGGAAGCUUUCAAUAGAUUCUACUUUUUUUUUUAAGCAAGAAAGGUUUGCUAGAGGGUGUGUGC